AUGGCGUCCCCCCACACCAACGCCGCGCAAACGCAGUCGCCCCAGUCGUUCCUCUACACGUGCUUGGCCAGCAACCACCUCGGCGCGGCCGCGGCGGCCGUGGUGGCCUCGUUGAUCAGCCACGGGCGUCUCUCUGCUCGUGAACUCGCCGCCAAAACGCGACUCCCGCCCAGGCAGGUGCGCGGUGCGCUCGUGUCGCUCAUCCAGCUCAACUGCGUGCAAUACUGGGCGGAGCCCGCGGGCGUGCACUACUCGUUCUGCGCCCAGGGCUUGGACGUGCUCUUACACGGCGGCGACAUCAUCUGCCACGUCAAGGAAACCCACGGCGCGGACGCGGCCGAGGCCGUGCAGAACGUGCUCCAGCACGGCAGCAUGGCAGUGCACGACUACAUGUCGUCGUUUGCAGACCCGCACACCCAGGCGGCCAAGAUGGCGGUGUUGGUGCGCUUGUACGGCGCCGGCUGGCUCCGCCGGCUCCAGCCGGUCGAUCUUCUGCCGCCCGAGGACUUGUGGGCACGCACAUACCGCGACAUGCUCCAGCACAUGCCGCGCAGCGCCGCCACCAGCGAGAUCAAGCGCGUGGCCGAGGCGCGCGAGAAGACCCAGGCGCGCAUGCUGGACCUCUACGCCUCGGGCACGGCCGCUGCGGACGUCUACACGACCAACAACGGCGUGCGCGUGCUCCGCGCCGACCUCGUUCUCACAAUCCACUGGCAGCGCUACCUCCAGGCGUUACGCAGUCGCGCGUUCGUGGCCUUGGCCCGCCUGCGCUUGGGCGUGGUCUCAGCGCACGUGUACGCGGCCGGCUGUGCGCUCGUGGAGCAGCGCCUGCCGGAGUUGCACCUCCGCGCGCUGGCCAUCUCCGGCUUGGUGCUGGGCCCGGACGACCAGCUGAUGUUGUUGCGCCUGCGCGAGAACGCGUUGGUGGACGCCAAGCAGACCGUGUUCUCCGUGCGCGACGUGGCGCGCCGCUUGCCGCCACACUUGGACUUGCGCAACUCCAUCUUGACGCAAAACUUUCUCAAGCCGGGCCGGCGCGCGGCCGCGCCCGCGGGGCCGCCGCCCAAGAGAAUCAAGCGCGAGGACGGCGCCGCCCCCGACGUGGCCCUGGCCCCGGACGCGCUCGACAAUGACUCCGCGGACCUCCACCCCGAGGCUUUGGUGGCCGAGCACUUGCGGCUUUUGGCAGCCUGCAAGACGCCGUUUGUGGUUGAGACCGCGCCGGGCUCGUACACGGUGCCGUUUCUCCAGGUGGCGCGCGCCGUCAAGCAGCACCACUACGACGCGCUCGUCAAGGCCACGUUGGGGCCCAACGCGCUCCGCGUGCUCCGCUGCGUGCAGACCAUGCGCUUGGUGGACGAGAAGCUGAUCUCCAACGCGGUCUUGUUGAAGGACAGGACCGUCAAGAACGAGGUGUACAAGCUCGUGACCAACAACGUGCUCGAGAUCCAGGAGGUGCCGCGCAGCGUGGAUCGCGCGGCCCUGAAGACCUUCUACCUCUUCCGCCACAAGCCGGCGCCGUGCCACGCGUUCGUGGCCCGCUCGCUAUUGCACUCCAUGGGCGCCGUGCUCAGCAACGUGGAUCUGUUCCGCGCGGAUCACCGCAUCCUCCUCGACAAGUGUGAGCGCGAGGACGUCAAGGGGCACGAGGACGAAUUGCUCUUGGACUCCGAGCUCAAGACCUUGCGCGAUUUGCAGCGGCGCGAGGUCGCCAACAUCGGCCGCUUCAACCGCCUCAAAUGGCUCCACUUCAUUUUCGGCUGUCUCUAG